GCCAAGAAGCAGAAGUCUGUCCGGCGUCUUCCCGCCCCGCUCCACAUCGAUCCCGGCCAGCUGCAGUUGUCGGAAGGCAGCUUCAUUACAAAGACCGGUGGCCCUCUCAAGCAGCUCUCCUUUGAUGAGGUCCAGGCUCAGGCUUCUGGCAUCUGCUUUUGCACGGUGGAACAGGCUGGCCCCUUCUUGGCCUUGGGGCGCAAUCUCAGCGUUGAUGCCUUGGCCCUGGCUACCACUGCGGAGCUACCUGACUCUUUGGCCUUGCAAGUCUCUUCUGUGCGCUACCCUGCUGUUUUUACGCCAACGCAGGAGGCAAUUCUGGUCUCAGGAUCGCUCAUCCAAUUGGGUGAUGAGGAGGUGCAAUUGUGUGCCACAGACAUUGCUGAAGUUGAGCACCUGUCCACGGCGGUUUGCCGCCUCAACCUGUUCCGUGACGAAUACAAGCACUCCUGGGAGAAGUUUUGCGAGGCUCCGCUCCGCGUUCUUCUGCAGCAGGUCCCGGAAUUCCAAGUCUGCAAAGACCCAACCUGCGGUGGCAAAUGCUCGGGCUUCCACGCAGCUGUCGAUGAAGUCGUUGAGCACCUUUUUCUCGACGUUUGGGCCCGCCAAUGGGUCCGCUUGGCAGGCGGCAAGGCCAAACCGGCCGAGGCGGAGUUGUUUCAGGCUUUCCUGAGGCUGCCUGCGUCAGCUUUGCCCCAUGUCUUCAGUACGAGCCUUGACGGCCUGUACCUGGAACCUCGCGCAGCUGAUGGUACCGGCCCCCAUGCUGCUUGGGCUGUAGUCUGGUUGCCGGGACAAACAGGAGCUCAGGCCCAACUUGCUAUGAGGACCACGGAGAAAGCAUUAGCUGUCACCAGGCUUGGUCACAAGUUUGGGCUCCGGACAAAGGAAGCCGACGAGCAAGCUGUCUUUGAGAUGCUUCGCCCACAGCAUAUCUUUCUGAAGGUCCGGGUCACGGCACGCUUUCGGCUGCACCCGCUGCCUCAUGGUUUCCAACGACACAACCUGGUGCAACUGCUGAAGCAGUGGGAGUGGAACUGCAAGCCGCUGCAGCCGGAUCGGGGGGAUUCAGUAGGAUGUGCCUGGAUUGUCGGGGCCUCCUGCGAUCCACCUGCCCUCGCACUGCCAUUAGGCCAAGGCUUCGUACUUGCUACCAAGAUUCGUGAUGUUGGGCAGCCCCGUGUGCCUUCCAAGGAGGUUUGUGCUUCUGUGCGCACUCGCCGCGCCUUGCUGGUUGACGAUGAUCCUGAUGUUCCCGCCGACCCAUGGGCGGAUGGUUCUGAUCCGUGGUCUGCUGCUCGCCCCGUGCCUCAGGCCGCCAGUUCCUCUACUGAGGCUGUCACAAAAAUCGCCCAGCUUGAGGCCGGCUUGAAACAUGAUUUGCAGGACAUCGUGCAGCGGAAGCUCGAUGAGCGCGAUGCCGCAGGACCUCCACCAGGUCUCUCUGAUCAGGACAAGCGUUUGCAUGCCCUCGAAACCACUGUCACGGAGAUGCGUCACCAAGGCGCCAAGUUUGAGACCUGGUUCCAGGGCUUCGGCACCAAGGUCUCUGACCAGGCUACCCAGCUUGAAGCACUUAAAACCACUGUGCAGGAGCAGCAAAUUGAGCUUGGUAAGGUUCGCACUGACCUGCAGACUACUGUUCAGAGUGCGGUUGCAUCUUUGCAGGGCAACCUGACCAAUCAGAUGGCAGCCCAGCUUGCGGGGCAGAUGGAGCAGAUUCAGUCGCUCUUUGCCGCCCUGCACACCGUUCCUACAGUUCGGUUUGGCGAAGCGGACCAUCCAGGCCCCGCGGCCAACUUCUUCGUCAGUACCAGCAAUCCGUCUGGCCUUCGCUCCAAGGAGCCAUUUUACUCCGAUUGGGGGUUUGGAGUUCAUUGCUUCUCGGAAACACAGCUUUCGGCUGUUAGCCUCCCCGCUUGCCGCCGCCAGUUUCAAGCAUGUGCCAAAGCUGUCAAUCGGCACGCCCGUGUGACUUCUGGUGCCCCCGCGGCACUCCGAGUGAAUAGUGAUUGGGCUGGCUCCUGGACAGGGGUGCUUCAGGUUGGGGAUCUACCCUGCAGCACCUUUAAUGUGGAUUGGCCUCCUGGCCUCUUUGAGACCGGGCGGGUCAUGAUCAGCCGGCACUUUCACGACUCCUUGUCUGUUAUGAUUGCCACGGUGUAUGGCUACCCACAAGGCCCCACAUGGCCGGAUGCACUCCACCGCACCGACACCCUGCUUGGAACGCUGACGCGCGAAGUCGUUCUUGGCUCCAAAGGUUUUCGGGUCAUCUGUGGUGACUUCAACCAUGACACUUCCAGCCUGCACCAAUGCCAAAUCUGGAAAACACACGGUUGGGUCGAGGCGCAAGACCUCGCUCAUCAGUUCUGGGGCAUUCCCCCUCAGCCCACCUGCAAGAAUGCCACGCAGCGUGACUUCAUCUGGCUUUCGCCUGAAGCGGCAUCUUACUGUGUUCAGGUUAGGCUGUUGAGCGUAGCCUUGAUGGGCAUGUCUCUUCGUUCCCUGGCGGGCAUCUUCCGUCCAACUGUUUCGGACGUGGCGCUCGCACCAAGCCCCAACGUACAGCUUGUCAGCCUCGCCCUUUGCGCCCCAGCCGUCCUGGCGAAGAUUCUCUGCGUCACGACGACCUUGGUGCUGAAGUCCGACGUUGGUUUCAGCAGCUGCGCCGACUUCAGUCUUUGGCGCAUGCCACACGAUCUUUCAAUCCGGCCCCUUCUGCUGUUGAUUACCGUCUUGGACUUUGGCGUGCCAUCUGCAAUGCACGUGGAUUCCGCGGUGGUGCCGCUGACAGUGCCUGAUGCCACUUCUGCCCGCUUGAUCUAUGAGGACUUCCGAGGCAACUUCCGCAGGCUUGAGUCCUGGUACUUGCACAACCGGGCAAAGGUCUUGGAUGCAAAAUACGAUCAUUCUCUUGCCCAGCUUUACCAGGAGCUUCGUGAUCCUGCCCCUGAACAGGUCGACACGCUCCAGGUCACUCGGGAUUAUGCCAUUUUGGCAACGGAUACUCCCGGUGCACAACUUCACGUUGAGCGCCCGCUAGACUUACGCGGCCACUCCACCUGGGCCGUUGAUGGUGUUCCCGUCGCGCUCCAAACCGCCGAAGCUGAUGUGUGCACACUUGCAUGUGAUGUUUCUGAGUCGGGCCAAGAACUUGAGCAAGUACAGACCCUCUCUUCCGUUCCCGACUUACAUGAUGAAUUUGUUUCUUUGUGGGCGCCUCGCUGGCAACAACACGCCAAUGCGUCCCCCUCUGACUGGCAGCGAUUCUUGGACUUCGCUGCGGCCUACUUGCCAAGCCACCAGUUUGAUCUGCCGGAUAUUGAUGUUCCGACUUGGAAUAAGGCCCUCAGGCGUUUUCGCCCCCGCGCGGCAAGAGGCCCAGAUGGAUGGGCCCGUGACGACCUGCUUCACCUCCCACCGGCACGCACAGCUGAGCUACUCCGCUUUCUUCGUUCCCUGGAGCUCGAGGGCAAGCCCUGGCCAAAACAGUUGGUUGUCGGUUUCGUGUGCCUCCUCUACAAAGGAAACGGGCGUCUGGAUGCGAACGGCUACCGGCCCAUCUGUCUCUUUUCCAUCGUUUACAGAACCUGGGCAGGAAUCCGGGCCCGUCAGGUGCUGUUGGCCCUCCGCUCCAUUGUACCUGAUGGUCUUUUCGGCUUUGUGCCUGGCCGCGAGGCCACAGAGCUGUGGUACUCUGUUCAGCUCGAGGUUGAACUCAGCGUCUUGGGUGGCACCCGACUGUUGGGACUGUCAACUGAUGUGGUCAAAGCCUUCAACAGCCUACCGCGUGUCCCCUUGUUGACGCUGGCUGCACAACUCGGCUGCCCACGUCGGCUACUCGACCCCUGGUGUUCUUUUCUUGAGGUCAAUGAAAGGCGCUUCAUGAUCCGGCAACAGGUCAGCAGUGCCGUCACUUCGACUUCUGGCUUCCCUGAGGGAUGUCCGCUCAGCCCUGUUGCUAUGGUCUUUGCAGACUGGGCCUAUCAUGCCUACCUCCAGCUGCCGCUCUUCUGCACGCCUACAAUCUGGUCCGGUGCUUUAUGGAUUUGUUGCGGCUACAGCUCGAUGUUGCCAAGACUUUUGUAUGGGCAACAGUUGCAGCGGACCGUGGCGUCCUGGCAGCCACAGGGUUAA